AUGGCGGGGCUAGCAGUGCUAGUUCAGAAAACCCGAGACUAUAUAAAGACCAAGGAAUUCCGGGAUUACAUAACCAGCACCCACUUCUGGGGUCCUGUGGCCAACUGGGGCCUUCCCCUUGCCGCCUUGAGGGAUAUGAAAGCACCUCCCGACAUCAUCAGUGGCCCCAUGACUACGGCACUCACCUUCUACUCCAUGGCUUUCAUGCGCUUUGCCUACCGGGUCCAGCCUCGAAACUACCUGCUGUUGGCAUGCCAUUUCACCAACUUCUUGGUGCAGAGCUUACAGGGGAGCCGCUACCUGAAACACCGCUACAGCGCCAGAGCCACGGCCAAAGCCAGCAACGCUCUGGACAAAUAAGCUUGAUGACUGGGGAA